GGUGAGGCGUAGCGGAGGCCCCUCCCCCCGAGGUCGACGCCGGACGUGACGUUAUCCUACGCGUCUCCGCCGGCGACGGGGGCGGGGCCCGGAGCGAACUAGAACGAGGCUGGGGGAGGCCCGGACCGCGGAAGCGGAGAGGCCGGACAUCCUGGACCUGAUGCCUGACCACGGGGAUGUGAGCCUCCCCCCCGACGAGCGGGUCAGAGCCCUCAUUCAGGUGGGCAGUGCAGUGGAAGUCAACGAAGAUGUUCCGCCCCGCCGGUACUUCCGUUCGGGAGUGGAGAUCAUCCGCAUGGCGUCCAUUUACUCUGAGGAGGGCAACAUCGAGCACGCCUUCAUCCUCUACAACAAAUACAUCACGCUUUUUAUUGAGAAACUACCGAAACACCGAGACUAUAAGACAGCAGUCAUCCCUGAAAAGAAAGACACGGUGAAGAAACUAAAAGAGAUCGCCUUUCCCAAAGCGGAAGAGUUGAAGAAGGAGCUGUUAAAGAGAUAUACCAAAGAAUACGUGGAAUACAAUGGGAGGAAGAAGAAGGAAACAGAGGAGUUUGCUCGGAACUUGGCCAUCCAGCAGCAGCUGGAAGAGGAGCGACACAGGGUAGCCCAGCAGAAGCGGCAGCAAGCAGAGCAGGAACAGUUCCGCGCCUUUGAAGAAAUGAUCCGCCAGCAGGAGCUGGAGAAGGAGCGGCUCCGGGUACUGCAGGAGUUUGGGAAGCCAGAUGCGGGUCUCGAGACUCCAGGUGGCCCCCUGGUGCCUGGCGUAGAGAGGCCCCCAACAGAUGUGUUUCCUGCAGCACCUGGCCUCCCCAGCCCUGGAGCUGCACCAGCCAAGCCCCCCACGGUGGACAGGUCCUUGAAGCCCGGAGCUCUGAGCAGCCCAGAAAAUAUGCCUACAAUAGAUGGACUUCGCCAUGUGGUGGUACCCCAGAUGCUCUGCCCACAGUUUCUCCAGUUGGCUGAUGCCAACACUGUCCGUGGUGUGGAGACGUGCGGGAUCCUCUGUGGGAAGCUGAUGAAGAAUGAGUUCACCAUCACCCACGUGCUCAUCCCCAAGCAGAGUUCCGGACCCGAUUACUGCAACACGGAGAAUGAGGAGGAGUUGUUCCUCAUCCAGGAUCAGCAGGGUCUCAUCACCCUGGGCUGGAUACACACUCACCCCACGCAGACAGCUUUCCUCUCCAGUGUGGACCUGCACACCCACUGCUCGUACCAGAUGAUGCUGCCCGAGUCCAUUGCCAUCGUCUGCUCCCCCAAGUUUCAGGAAACAGGAUUCUUUAGGUUGACGGAGCACGGGCUGGAGGAGAUAUCUUCCUGUCACCAGAAAGGAUUUCAUCCGCACUGCAAAGACCCCCCUCUGUUCUGUACCUGCAGUCACGUGACCGUUGUGGACCGAGCCGUCACCAUCACUGACCUUCGAUGAAAUUUUGGCCUUAACACCUUCCGGUUACUGUAAAAGAUCUCUCCGUGGACUGUAGCCCCUUCUCUUUGUUCUCCAGAAGUGCUUGGGAGCUUCAGGGGGAGGUUUGCCUUUAGAUGGAGGGGUUUUCUAACCAAAAAAGGUGUCAGACAUCAGCGGAGGGAGAGCUGGUUAUUCUGGACACGAUUCUGGGGUGGGGAUUUACUGAUCACACUAAUCUAACUUCUCCGUCCGUCUCUAACUUAGCUCUCCCUCCUUUCUUUUUCUUUGCUCACUGGUUGAUUUGUCUCCAGUUGAACAGACUGAGGGCAUCUGUAUGGGCAGAACGGGCGUCUUUUCUGCCACACUCCUGUAAUUUAUGAAGGGGUUAAACGUGCGGACACUUUAAGAACAUGAUGCCGCGUCUUCUUGCAGGGACUCACUUCCUUUAAGGAGGUUGCUGACUCUGAUCCCGGGGUGGAACAGAGCCAGGGGAGGGCAGAGGAAUCUGACCAGGUGGAUCAAGAGAAGACGCAGUAGCCACCAAAAGCUUUUGUGCAGCUGGCCAGAGAUAUUUUUGUUGUUGUUUAACAAAUCUUUCCAGGGAGGUUUUUUUCCCUAAAAUAAAGUGAAUUAAAUAAAUGCAUCCAUUAGCUUAUGCUCUGGAGUAACUGGCUAGAGCAGGAGUGCAUGUGUACUGUUAGAAACAAAGGCUCGGGCCUCAGGCCUGGGAGAGAACUGGGGCAGCCUCACAGCGGACAUUUGGCCGCUGUCACUUCUCCCCGUCCCAUCAUGCCUUUUCUUCUGUUUCCUCCCAAGCCAGAAAAUCUUUUGCAAGGUGUAAGAGAGGUGCCCCUUCCCAGGGAUGUGAAGACUUUAUUGGACCUCAAGGAAACCUGUUCGAUUUAGCCUUUUGUCUAGACUGCCAUCUUGUAUCAUCUCAUGCCUCAGCCACUCUCUUUGGUCAUAUGUCCUUGGCCUAUAUUGUCUCCCAAGUAAGGGUAGUUUGGAGCUGCUGUUGACUUUGUGUCCUUUUUGUUUAAAAAAAAGUUUUAUUGAUGCCUUUUGUCUUUACAUCACAGUUAUUUCUGGGAGUCCUGCUCCCCCAGCUCCACUUCCUCCAGAAUUGAGCCUUCCCUUAUAUCAAAGAAAGAGCCCAUACAGUGAACUCAGCUGACAACAUCUACAACUCUCUGCCCUGGUGGUUGCCCACCUCUCCUAAGAGGAGGGAGGCUCAAUACCAUGACUGGUCUUUGGUCUUGUUUGUUUGGGUGUGGGGGGUUUUGGGGGGUUGUUUUCAGAAUUUUUCUUCCUUUUAUCAAUAUUUUAUUUACAUUGUUGUUAGUCAUUGUAUAUCUUAUUGUUUUGGUUCUGUUCCUUUCUGCAUCAGUUCAUACAGUGUUUCCACUUUC